AUGCCUCGCCAGAAACGGGCACUCAAGCGAUCUCGCCCGACUGAAGAGGAACCACAAGAAUCAACUUUUAUCAACAAUAGUGAUUAUAUUACCCCUGAUAGGACUUCAGAAGAUGAUGAACAAAACACCAACCAUCAAGCCUCAUUGAAUCUAGACUCAGCUCUCAAGGACGAGAUUAUAGAAGACGAAGCUAUGGAAGACGUAAACUCAGAAUCAACACCACAAGACCAUUUGAUCGAGAAUAGCAAGUCUAUGAUGAAUAAUAACGAAUCGAACGCGUCACCUGAACUCAGCAAUAUCCCACAUCCAGCAAGUGGCAACCUACUUUCCCCUUCACCAGGAGCAUCAGUAUCCGAAACUUCCAUGAAUGCCGCUUCUACAUCUGAGCCGGCUCCACAAAAGUCUCGACUAGUGAUUUCUCAAUUAGUGCUCACCAACUUCAAAUCUUAUGCGGGCCAACAAGUCAUUGGUCCUUUCAAUGCAUCUUUUUCUGCGGUAGUGGGGCCCAAUGGAAGUGGAAAAUCUAAUGUCAUCGAUUCUAUGUUAUUUGUAUUUGGAUUUCGUGCUCUGAAAAUGCGUCAGGGCAAGUUGUCCGAACUUAUUCACAAUUCCGCUGGAGGUGAGAAACUCGAUUUUUGCCAGGUCGAUAUACACUUCAACCACGUCAUAGACAGCAAUGAUGAUCCAGUUGUUUCCACCGUGGUGCCCAAUUCGCUGCUUGUCAUCAGUCGAAAAGCAUACAAGAAUAAUUCUUCCCAGUACUAUAUCAAUGGAAAAGGCAGUAACUACACUGAGGUCACUAGCUUUUUGAAGGACCAAGGAAUCGAUUUAGACCAUAAAAGGUUCUUAAUUCUUCAAGGUGAAGUCGAACAGAUUGCUCAAAUGAAAGCGAAAGCUGAGAAGGAGAACGAUGAUGGUCUUUUAGAAUAUUUGGAGGAUAUCAUUGGAACUUCCAAGUACAAAUCUUUAAUCGAGGAGAACACGACAAAAGCUGACGAACUUAACGACGUUUGUAUCGAAAAAGAGAAUCGAUUUGAGCUUGUUGAAAAGGACAAGGAACUGAUGGAGGAAAAGAAGAACGAAGCAUUGAGCUUUCUUGCAAAAGAGAAGUUAUUAAUCAGCAAAAAAUCCAUUCAAUAUCAGACAAACAUCCAAGAGCAUCAGAAGAAAUUGAAUGAUGUUGAGGCAAAAAGGGAAGAGUUGGAGGAACAACUAAAGGCAGAGAAGGAAGGUAACAAAGAGCUCACCGACAAAAUCGAAGAAUGCUCAAAGUUACAGAAGGAAAUUUCAAGAGUUAUUGACGAACUUUCUAAUCAGUUGAAUUCUUUACUGAAGCGAAGUAAGGCUGUCAAUAAAGUCUACGUAUCGGGGGAUGAGAAGAUCAAGAACAUGACAAAUAAGAUCAAGAAAGCUGCAAAAAAUCAGCAAAGCCUGAAGCUCGUUUUGAGCACUUCCACUUCAAAGCUAGAAGAGAGCAACAAAAACAUGGAAGAUUUGAAGGAUGAGCUUUCCCAACUUACAAAAAAUUUGGAAUCUGAAAAGCAUGUAUUAGACGAAAUCAGACGCAGGCUCACGGAUAAAACGUCCGUUUUUGCUAAACAAAUCGAAGCCAUACAAACCAAGCUCGAACCAUGGAAUGAUCAGCUCAAAGAAAAGGAAAGUGAAAUACAACUCGUGACAUCUUCAAUUGAUAUGCUUCAAAAGGAGAAGGAGAAUGCCCUAAACCAGAUCGAGGAAUAUAAACAAAAGUUGAUCAACAUCAAGACUGAGGGCAAAGAAAAAGAGCAGGAAUUGAUCAAUGCCCGUCAAAAAUUAGAUCAAAUCUCGGAGCAAAUUCAGCUUGGCCAAAGCGCGUGCGAAGUGGAACAGAAGUCACUCGAGUCAAAGCAAUCACAAUUACUUGCUGUUCGUCAGCAGACACAGGAAGCAAUCACCUCACUCUCAUCACACAAAAACAAGAGCAAAGUAUUGACCAGCUUGGUACGCUUGGCCAAAUCGGGCAGAAUAGACGGCUUUUAUGGAAGAUUAGGAGAUUUGGGUACCAUCAAUGAUAGGUAUGAUGUCGCAAUUUCGACAGUCUGUCCAGGGUUGGACUCGAUGGUUGUUGAAACAGUUGAAACUGCGCAGGCGUGUAUCGAUUAUUUGAGGAAGAACAAAUUAGGAUAUGCUACAUUCAUUUGCUUGAAUAAGCUCCGCAACUUCAAUCUCGAUCCUAUAUCCGUGCCUCCCAAUCUGAAGCGAUUAUUCGACAUGAUAACUCCCCAGGAUCAAAAAUUUGCACCUGCCUUUUACAGUAAACUUUACAAUACUUUAGUGACAUCCACGUUACUGGAGGCUAAGCAAGUUGCUUAUGGGGCGAAAAGAUGGAAAGUUGUUACCUUGGAUGGUAAAGUUGUCGAUACCUCGGGUACUAUGUCUGGUGGUGGGACAGUAUCUGCAAAAGGUGCCAUGAAACUUGAAUCAGCUAAAAAGUCUACACAGGCAGAUGUCACAGAGGAGGAGGUUGAAGAAUUGCGCAAUAAACUUCAGGUUCUUGAAGGCGAAUUUGACAAGGCACGUUCAGAACUUAAGGAAAAGCAAAUCAAUUUGAGAAAGCUACAAGACUUGAAGCCAGAAACGGAGUUUUCUAUAUCGAGGCUAGAACUUGAUAUUCAAUCCUUAGUUGCAGAGAAAAAGGAUAUCCUGAGGAUAUGCAAAAAUCUUAUUAGUGAGCACGAGAAAAGCGAACAGAGCAGUGAUGCUGAGAGGGAGCUAAAUUCCAAGUUAGCUAAGAGAAAACUGCUCGAAGAAGAGAGAGAUCAAUUGAAGUCACAGAUGGCCAGCAUGGAAGCUGAGGUAACAAUGCUCGAAGAAAAGAUCAUGGAGGCCGGUGGAGUUGAGUUGAGAUUACAAAGCUCCAAGGUUGACUCAACCAGACAAAAGAUUGAGAUUAUCAAUGACAAAAUUUCUAAUGAUCGUAUGUUAAUCAAAAAGCUCGAGAAUGAAAUCAAGAAGCAUACUAGGAUAUUAGAAAGCUCGGAGAUAGAGCUCAAAACAUCAGAAGACGAGCUCACAGCAUUUCGUGGUCAACUUGAACUGGUCACCGAGGAGCUCAACGAUAUCUCAAAACAGGUAGAACUGCUAAACGAACAGAAAGAGGCCAAAGAAGAUGAGCGUGAGAAAGUCAAGAUUCAAAUGGAAGAGUGGAUGCUGCAAAUAAAUGAGUUCAGGUCGAAGGAAAUUGACAUCGAAAAUAAGUUGGAAAAAGUGAAUGGAUUUAUAAAGCGGACGAAACAUGGAAUUAAGACGAAUGAAGAGGAACUCAAGUCAUUGAUUGUUCGUGAUGUUUCAGAGUAUAUUGGAUGGCUAGAAGAGUCUGAGCGCAAGCAAUAUGACGGAGCUGCCAUUGAUUACUUACCCGAGGACGAGCUUGCUCUGCUCGACAUGGAUUCCAUUAACCAAGAGAUAAGUGAGCUCGAAGAUUACAUGAAAAAAUGUGAAAGUGGACAUCGAAAUUUUAAAGGAAUACGGUGCCAAGAAGGGCUGAAUAUGAAGAGCGCCGGGACGACUUAA